UCAUAUUAAUCGAAAAUCCCAAUCCAUUUCUUAUCUCUCAUCCUGAACCAUUCCCACGUGACUCAGUUGCAUUCGCUCCCGUCCCAGCUUAGUAGGCUUAUAUACUUGCGCCGGAAUUUCAUCUCCGCACCCAUGUUGGCCUCCGUGCGCGUCGCAUCCGCUCAUGCGCUGUCCGUGGUGUGCAGAAUACCCGACCCUAAGAACCAGCAUGCGCACUCCCAGGUCUCGAUGCUCCAAGGGGGUCGCAAGAAGCGCGUGACGAGACCUGUCUGCCACGCCAGCCACCCCAACAAGGACCGACGCUCAAGCCCUAAGACCCAAACCUGCACCUCAACCAUCACAGAAGCAGCAGCAGCGGCAGCAGCAGGUGGUGGUCUCUGGACUCUUCUCGCGGCGCUCCCUCUCCCACCCGCCCUUGCGGAGACUGCAGCGGAUGCAGACGCGGCAGCUGCGGCUGCGGCGGCUUUGGCGGACGCCUGCUCGCAGGAGCUGGGGGGAGCGGACCUGAACACGGUGAUCGCGGUGGCGUGCGUCGUGCAGCUCAUCGCACUCAUCGGCGCGGGCGUGGGAGGGUGGAUAGCGCGCGUGCGCAAGGCGGAGGUGGAGCGCAUCAACGCGCAGCUGCGCCAGAUCAACAUCAGCCUGCGCAAGCAGGCGCGCGUCGAGUCCUACGCGCCCUCCCUCUCCUACGCCCCCGUCGGCCAGCCCGCCGCCGCCGCCGCUGUCGCUGCCGCCGCGGCUGCUGUAGCUGCUGCCAGCACGCCGACAGAGGCAGCGGAGGCAGUGGUAAAGGAACCGGAAGUGGUGAUAUCUGAGGAGAAGCGGGCGGUGCUGCGGCUGCUGAAGGAGGGGAAGCGGUACCUGAGGGAGGGGAACAACGCGGCGGCGUUUGUGGGGUUCCAGAAGGCGCUGGUGCAGGCGCAGGCCAUGGGCGACUGCCUGGAGGAGAAGAAGGCCGCCCGUGGCUGCGGAGCAUCUCUCCAGCGGCAGCGCAAGUACCGGGAGGCCAUAGCGUACCACCAGAGGGUGCUGGACAAGUCCUGCAGCACAGGCGAGCACUCGGGGGACACCGAGGCAUACGGCGCCAUUGCCGACUGCUACACUGAGAUUGGGGACCUGGAAAACGCUGCCCUGUACUACGAUAGGUAUAUUUCUAGGAUGGAGUCUGAUGAUGACAAUUAGGCGUGGUGUGAAAAAUGCUAUACUGUACCUGUUGACAGGGUUGUUGCGGCUCCCUGUAUGACUUGCACCUUAGGCAGGAUGAAGGCCACGAUGGUCAUCUAAGACCUCCACUCUUGGUGAGUUAAGCGGAAGGUGGAUGGUCUUGACAACCUUCCUUGUCUGAUGGUCAGAGGUGUGGAACAGACUAGAUGAAACAACUUAGGUAGGAAUAAGUGUAUGCAACUUAU